AUGGAUGGAGAUGGAUGCAAGAACGUUAAGCUGCACGUAGUAGAGGACAUAGAAACAUUCACAGAUAUAGAGUCAUUGUUAGCGACAGUGGCAGCUAUAGCUAGAUGUGACAAAGACUCUAUAAAACUGGUUGGAUUGCAACCUGAGAGUAGUUUCAUCAUUGUAAUAUCAAUGAAAGAAUGUUUUGCACGAAGACUUGGACAAACAGGUCCGCAUCAACUUUCUGGAUUGUUACAAUACAAUGUAGAUUGGAUUAAAAUUGAGAACAAUCUUAUAAACAUUCCACAAGGACUACAAAAAAUGGACAUUGAAGGACAGAAUUCCUAUGAAUCCCAAGACCAAAACGUUUUAUCUGGUCCCUGUACAAACCUGUUUCGUAAAAUCCUUCGAAAACAUGUCCUAGAAGAUUUCAUAAAAAGGAUCCAAAAGUCCAUAGAUCAGCUGUUGCCUUUUUUAACUGUUGAUCCACAGAGUUUGCUUUAUCCCGAGAAAGGAUCAUUCUCCUGGAGUUACAAACAUUUAGAUUUGCCUCUUAUAUACAUUUUAUUCCAAAAUAUUUGUAUCAUAGAACCCCAUGGAAGGGGAUGGGGUCAAACACCAGAUCCAUCGGACACUUCAAUGGCAGCCUGUAUUGACAGUAUUAUGGAAAUUCACAGAGAAUACUUUUUUAAUCCUCCCCUUUGUUUGGAGCAAUCAGGUUUUGAUCGAAUCUUAAAAAGAAUUUUAAAACUUUUGGAAACUAUUGAGGAAGGACUUGAAAAUCCAAAAAUGGAUACCAACAUAAAAGAAAUGGAAAGAACAGACAAAGAAAAAAUGGAAAAAGAAGAAAUCCCUCGAGAAAAAUUCAAAGACGAUAAUGAUAGAGGCCAACUAACAGCUAAAUUGUUUGAGAAAAUAGACAACUUCAGCUUUUUCAUCAUUAGUAUAAUUACCGUUUCAAAAAUUCAGGGAAGAGAGGUUCUACAGUAUGACAUUGUUUUACAAGAAAAUUGUAAGGAAGGUGAGAUUGAUGGGGAGCCAGCUAGACGUGGGGUUUUCCCAAAAACUUUUGUCACCAUUAACACAUGA